AUGGACGCCAUAACAUUCCGCUUGGCUGAACCUUACGACUUCGAUGAAAUCAUUGAACUUUCUGAAGGAAUCUAUGGAGGACACGACUAUCUACCGCUGAAGUUUCACAAGUGGCUUCAGAAAGACAAUAUGGCAGUCAUUCUGGCUCAUUCAAGCGACAACAAACUCAUUGGGUUGUUGGCAUAUUUCAUCGUAGAUGACCAGCAAACAUAUGUUCGUCGCGCAGAACGUAUUCAUCAAGAACUUCGAGGCCAGGGCAUUAACAGAAAGCUCAGGGAAUAUGCAAGGAACCAUGCCAGACAGCGCUUUCCUAACCUAAAACGAGUGCGAUUUACUUCUACCAACGAGAAUGUGAAUUUUCAGUAUCAUAGAAAACUCCAGGAAUGGAAUUUUGUUGCAUAUGAGGUUGAGACGAAACACUGCAGACAGGCAUUAGCGUCCAUGAAAAAAGCGAUCGAGAUAAAAUCCUGCUCGCGUGAAUAUUUCUCCGAUAUUAUUCUUUCUAGCACCGGAAGAGCAAAACUAUUUCCCCGAGAUGUCAUGGUUGUGAAUUGGUGUCCUUUCGAACCUCUCCGAUCGAAUAUCGAUCAUGUUUUGGAAGAUAGAAACGAACUUUUUGCCGAAGAUUGCGCCGACGAUUCCAUACCACAAUCGUUUAGUUUUGGAACUUAUUUGCCAACAGCGAAGUUCUUAGAUUGGCAAGCGGUGAUUUAUGCAGAUGACCCUGGUUUUUAUGAAGCUCAUCUGUUGUAUCAAUUCAAGCGUGCAUGUGAAUUCAUCAACAACGAUUUUGUUUUCGUGUCCUUUCAUGACGAAAGCUGGACUGAACUAACGAAAAAAGUGAUGGAGGAACAACUGCAGUUAAAAGUCCAUGAUGUAAAAAUGAUGAUGUAUCUCUAUGAGAAGGAUUUUUCAAGCUGA